CAGCAACAGGUGCAAGUCCAGGACAAAGCGGGAAACCUAACAGUUCAACCAAGGCUUAAUGUUGUCUGCAAGGUAACUAUGCUAGUGUUCAGCCCGAUGUGAUUUAACUAACUGUGGAGUAAUUGCUCCUUAUUCAUAACAUUGGAACUUCAAUUUUAAAGUGCUGGUUCCACAACUCACCACAACUUUGUUAAGGAGUCAUAAGGCGUUGAGUAUACUCUGUUCAAGCAAAUUGACGAUUGUUAGACGUUCAUUGCAACUACAUAUUUUAAAAUCCCUGAUAGUUCUAAGCUUUUGAGAAUGCUCAAAGCACCUCAGUUUUGAACUUUUAAUGUCAUUUCUAUGGUCGAUAUUUGUACCGACCAUGAAAAAUUGUCGAUUUUUUUUUCAGUAACACCGACGGCCAUCUCUGAUGAUGUUUCUUGGGAAAUUAUAUUUAUUUAUUUACUAUUAAUAUAUAGAUUUAGCCAGGGCUAAAAGCGAAGCUCCAAUUAAUAAAUUUAUAAUUUAAAUCAAAAAAUAAACUUUUAAUCCACAAAUCAUUUAACUUAAGGGCACAUUCAUGUGACUUUUAAGGGAAAGGCUAAGUUAUUUUAGAGUGAAACAUCUUACAUCGAAUUGAUAACCUUAUAUGUACACCCAAAAAAAACAUCUUCGAUCACAUUCAAGAUCACAGUAGAUUAGGCCUCGAAAACAAAUUCUUGAAAACAAAUCACGCCGAAUUUUUUUGCGUGCGACAGGUUUACUCGACAAAUUCUUGCCAACAAAUCUGGGGCUGUUUAAACCAACCUUUUAUAAUUUUUAUACAUCACAUUUGAGGUGAAACAGUACUAUUUAUCAUACAGACCUCGGACAGAAUGCAGUAUUUCACAAUUUUUCAAGACAAAUUGCACUCAGUCAAUAUUCAGGACGAUCAAUUGUAAAGCGAAACCGUUCAAAAAUUUCCAAAAUCACCCAUAUGGCCAGCCGGUUCUCGUUUCUAUAGUGCGAGCUGUCAGUGUGGUCGAGUGUUUGAAUGAACUUUAAUAGAGUUAAGCUUCAACAUAAUAGCGAAUUUAUUAUUAUUUUUUUUGUUAUUUAAUGUUUUCAGUUAUAACGAUGUGUAAUCUUAUAAAGCGUUUGAUACGCGCGACAUUUUUGAGUACUCCUGCAAGCGAUGUUCAUGAACAAUGAAAACAAACGGCACAGACUAGCGAUUAAAAUUGCAAGAAAGACUACUAACAAUCAAAAAAAGAAAUAUAAUUCGGUGAAACAUUUACAGAGAUAACAAUUUUCAUUCAUGAAGACAAGUAUUAAAGUGUCUCUAAAAAUCCUGAGUCUCGGCGUGAAGCUUUAUAAGCCGGCUUCCCGGCGCGGGUGUUUACUGUUUUCCAAGGUGAACUCCUCCAAGCAAGAAAAUCGCUCAAAGUUUUCUUUCUACAGCCAAAUUUAUAACUAAAUAUAAAACGUUUUCUUUCUAUCUGUGGUGAGCAAAUAUAUCUGAAGGCUUUUUAAAGUUCAGAAAGCUUAUAUCAAACCGUUCAAACCUGAUACUAGGUCAGAUCAUUGACUCAAACUACGGCUACAAACGUUCAUAAACUUGCCGCAUAAACUGUCAGCGUGAAUGUGCAAGACUUCAUGAAAUUAGAUAUAACAAAAACAAACAUCCAAUACAAUAGUUACUCAGGCUUACCAUUCGAGAUUCAGUUCCUGAAAGCUAUCAAGGAAGGCCACAGUUGCUUGAGACUUUUAACCCCUCAAACGCAUUAAGCAAUGUGAAAAACGAAAACGAUGCCAUCCGAAAUCGAAUUACCAAAUUUUGACAAGCGACACGUUCCUCAACCAAAAACCCAGUAAACAAACCAGCCAUGAAUAACAGAAGACUCUUGAUAGCAGCUGUAUUUCAUUUUGUACAUCCAGAACAAAAAGACAGUUAAAAACAUCACACGCUCACACAAAACUCUUCAGCUUCAGCUGUCAAAGUAAACAAUUUUCAAGAUGCUGCAUAAUUUUUUCGCAUGAACUCACCAAUCAAAUUUUGACCAAUCAGAGUAUAAAAAUUGGACGUAGAGCGUGACCAACGCGUGACCAUGGUAAGAUAAGGUCUUCCCCGCCUGUACUUUUUAAAAAAACUGGCUGAAUUUUCAUUUCCGAAGUCAGUUUGAAAUCAAAAUUCUAAUAGUGCGGGCAUAGUGACAUAAACACAACAUAUUUGAUAUGAAUCCUUGGAGAAAAUAAACUUGAGCCUGCGAUCAUUCCAAACUGGUAAUUUGUCAGCGGAUAACUUCAAAAAAUACUCGACCUCGAUGGGUCGACACUUGAGCUCGCGCUACAGUCAGGUGAUACUGGUCAGCGGAUGCCCUGUUUUGACAGCUGUCAAUUGAUCACAACAUUGAUGUGAAAUUGGUUUUCUCUUGGGCUCCCAAACUAGCUAAAAUGUGAGAGUAAACAUUGGUUGUCCUGUGGUGCGGACGGACGGUCGGUCGGCGGUCGGCGGUCGGCGGUCGGUGUACGGUCACGUGAUUACCAAAUUUUCUGGGAUGGGUAGAUUUACUUAGCAAUGGUGCUCCGCCCACGCGCGCGCUUCGCGCGCGCGUGGAGCUCCGCUAUUAUUUUUUUAACAAAGAGGUACAUUGAUGGCGGCCGCCAUCUUAAAAGCAAUGUCCAAGAUGGAGGAGAUAGUAUCAUCGUUCGCACUGCAAAAUACACCUGCUUUGCAGUUUACAAUCGGCGACAAAAUUGGUGAGACAUUUUCCUCAAAUGGGAUAACCUCGAAGAACAAAACAAUACGCACUCCUCCCCCAUCCCGUCCAUUGAAGGUUGGGGUGUUUCUUGUUUUCAACAGGUAGCUCGAACAGCGGCACAACGUUGCAUGGAGGGGGUAGGGAGGGAAAGAUCUAUUUCCCCCCUUUAAAGUUGGCGAGACAUCAGACUAGUUUUGUGGCCGAUUGUAGGGAAAUCGCCCGAGAGAGAAAGAGAAAAAAAAUAUAACGCUAUCAUCACUUCAUUUCCGAGUCUCAUCGAGCACAGCUCUCGACCAAUCAGCGUGUGAAAAGUCGCUUUGUUAUUGUAAAACUUGAAUUUGAUAAGAAGCAACUUCAUGUGUUGUAGCUGACAGGCACACCAGGCUUACCAACUUACAUAGGAGACUGCAGUGCAUCUGGAAAGGCCUCCCUAACAGGUGCAGAUAUCAGUCUGAAGCAGAUCACCAAGGAAACCAAAUUAAAGGCCAAGAUAGAGUUACAGGUUUGUCAUUUGAUUAGGGAAAUGAGAAUGGUCCUUUCUGGGGUUUUCAUGUCCUGCUUUGUUGCGAUCACCCUGCGUGCAAUGCCUCCUUUUGUCGUCUUGAGUGAAAAGGAAAAGAGGAGGUUCUGUCUAAAUCACGUGAUCCCAUUGAAGUCGCUGAAGCCAGAAUAUCUGGACCAAUCGUCAAACUGGUUUUCCAAGUGCGAGCGACCGUUUAUUGAUUAACCGACGGCCAUACCUAAACCCACUCUACCGUGUGCACAGCUUUUAGGCUUGGGUUCAACACAGUUUAUCAGCAACAAUAACCUCAUGUAUAAUAACAAGCUUACUCGAGUUGUAAGGAGUCUUUCUCAAAUACGCCAAAAUCGAGAAAGUAAAAGGAAGGCACUGUCAGCAGGGUGUGGUGCGUAGUCGUAACAUUCUUACUGUACAUCUUUAAAUUGUAUCUAGGCUUGGCUGACCAACACCCCGAACCUCAGCAUGCUUGUUUGUCGUUUUUGUAAAAACACACAGCAGUAGCCCUGAUUUAGUGACUGGUUAUGAUCUUUUAGCAUCAUAAAGAGGUUGCUGCAGUGGAGAAGACCAUUAUUGUGACACCCAGUAGUAAAGCAGCAGAGCUGGAAGUGUUUUACAAAUUUCCUGAUGCGAAACAGAAGAAGAAGCUGGACGAUGGACAGGAGCUGCCUUGCACAGCAGGAAACACACUUACUGGACUGAGUAUGUGAUAAACCAGAAAUCAGUGUACUUAAUUUGAUAUGAUUUUUUCCUCUAGUUAGCCUUAAUUUGCGUAAGAAAUUAGUAUAGGUAAAAGCGUGAUUUGUAGUGAUAUUUGCCAUAGAUACCACGAAUGGUAUUUCGAAUUUGUUAUACGUAAUUUCACGAGGCGUUAGAGGAGUGAAAUAUGAGACUAUUUUGAAAUAUUACAAGUGGUAUUUAUGCCAAAUAUCACGUACAAAUCAUACUAUUAUUUAUUUAUACGACUACCCGUAAAAGGGUUGUAAUUUUCACAUCUAGGUAUGUCAAAUUAAGCUGAAAUACCACUGCUCUAUGGCAAUUGCACAAAUUUCUCAUAGAGUACAGGCUUAAAAAAGAGAAAAAAAGGUUUGAAAAUUACGUGUGCACCAAAAUGCCAAUCCAUAUCAUCGAGGCAUGACCACAUCAGCUAAACAUUAGGAAGCUUAUGCAACGAUAAAUAAUACGAAACAAGCAAACAAUAGGUUUUGCCUUAACUGAACUCGAUAAUAACGACACGUCACACUUUUUGGUGCGAACGCAAAGGUAUUUCCGGUCGUCGCUUCUCUCCACCCGAACAGGAAAGACGUCUGCGUUCGCCCGCUAUCCUUUGCACAACUCUAACGCAAAAUUUCCCGCGAACUUAAAUGGGGGCAUAAACAUAUGAAGAUACAUUUUCCUCUCUUUAUAACUUGGGAGUGGUCCCUUACAAUGUGUCUAUAUGAACAUUGGUCAUGAGCAAGUUGCUAACACGAUUAAGUUUGAAAGAUCGAGCCUUCCCUGUAGUGGUGACGUCUUCGAACCCGUGGUCUUCGUGGUUACGUAAACUGCCCAUUCGUCUCCUCGGAAACGAGAGGAGGACUUGAGCCCAUAUGUGUCCCGCAAUUGUUUUGGGGAUCGUUACUAGGGACACGCCCGUCAGCUAUUGGCCAAUUUGUUUUCCCUGUUCUCUGUAACAGUCCAGAAGUCUUUGCGAACGUCAACUUGGUCUAGUUUCCUUCUCAGUGUGUAUCAGUCAAUUUUCUUCUGGUGUUGGCUUAGUUCAAUUUGCAGUUACAUUUUAUCUUCAGCCAGCUGUCAGUAGCACGGCCUGGUUUCCUCCAAAGUUGGUUAAAUUUAACCCAGCGUAGCCAUUUUCUGGUCAUUAGGGACCUUAAGAUCCGAGGACGGCGACGGUAGCUCAGAUGUCGUUAAAGUUCUAUCUCUUGUUGCAAGGGCAAGUUAAUAUUGCAAAUGUAAAUGUAGCGUCUUGCUGUCACCUACAGGUUUUAGAAUUCUGGAUGAAGGACAGAGGGAAGUAACAAUAGACAACUCCCUAGCCAGCAGAUUUAAGGUAGAUCCAAGACAGGUCUUAGUCAUUCUAAAUGGAAAAGAUAUAAAUAAUUCAAUUGCUCCUCUGUAAAUAUCCCUGCGAAAUUCCUUGGGACAGUUAACUUAGCCCAGCUUUUAAAGUAGCGUAUUAAAUUUUAUACCAAUCGUCCAUUUUCGGGUUGUCAAGCAAACCAUCAGAUCUUUAUCAAAGCAAGGCUUGGUGCACAAUCAUCCAUGCGAACACAAGUUUAAUUAAUCUGCGUGUCAAUGAAUAUUAUAUUUUCAUGAAAAAACUUUUCAAUAACGAAAUCCAAUUAGAGUUGAGCCUGCGAUCAUUUGAAAACUGGAAACUUGUCAGCGGUAAACUUAAAAAAAAAACAAGACAUAACCUGGAUGGGUCGACACCUGAGCUGGCGAUACCGUCAGGUGAUACUGGUCAGCGGAUACUCUGUUUUGACAGCUGUCAUCUGACCACAACAUGGAUGUGGAAUAUCAGGUUGCAGGCUCCCAAACUAGCUAGAAAGUGUAACAUCGCACAUUGGUUGCCCUGUGGUGCGGACUAACGGGCGGGCGGACGGGUGGGCGUAAGGUCACGUGACUACCAUAAUUUUUCGGAUGGGUAGGUAACCAAAUUUUCUUAGCUAUGGGGCCCUGCUAUGAAAUGACGAGUAACAGGUGUUUCUUUUAUAAAGAGAAUGAAGGCAAUUGGAAAAGGCCCAUUGUAGAACACGAGUAGCCACCCACAAUGUGAGCACAGUCAAAGACAGAACAUAUCAGUAAAGGAAAUUGGACAAUAUAGCGCAAUCCACUAGGUCAACACAUCAACUCAACAAUCAAAUGCAAGGCUCUUUAGGCAACAGAAAUAACACACAUCAUCACAUAAGCAAACUUAGUGCGCUUUCCAUCUGAAUUGGCCUGCCAGAACAGCCCACUGUUAAUGAAAAUUCCACCGUCAAUCAGAUCUGUCCAGCCAGAAUAGUUUAUUUUUAAAUUCUGUGCACAGCAGUGUUGGUUUUCUGUUGAAAACUCGAAAGAAGGCCUAUAUCGUUUUCAACACGAACGGUCUGGCUGGCAAUUCCUGACUUUUGAUAAGCCCCCUUGGUAUGAAUUAGCAGUUGUAAACUGUUACUGUUUAUCAAUGUAAUGACUUCUCUUCAUUUGUCUCCAGGUUAACUGGACUCCAAAAGUUGCCAAAGACAUCAUCAAGCAAGGGAUUCUUCCUGAUGUGAAGGUAAUUACAGGACUUCGUGAAAAUAAGUUUGUCGGUGACAGGGUGGCACAGUUGGAUAGUGCGCGGCCUUCGGUGCGUGAGGUCCCCGGUGACAUUACAUCCUUGAUUCAUCUUCUUUCCUUUCUUUGUAGUUUUAACUAGCUUUAAAUGCCCUUAAAAUGGAGCACUGAUGGAGAAAGGAUGGGGGGGGGGGGGGGCAGGGCUGUGCUCUAGUAGAGCCCGAGCCAGGUGGCCCCUGGCGCCUAAUGUUUGCUCCCGGGCGACUAGAAAAUCUCAGAUUUUUCAUACAAAUCAUAUGCUGGACUAAUCAUAUGCUACAGGUUCAGAGCACUGUGCUUCCUUCAAUUUUCCUUAGAGCACAGCUGCACCAACUGACAAACAGGCAGUGCUCCAUUCAGGCCAAGAUUUGUGUUCUGAGGUGAAAGUAUCGUCAUUUGUGUGUUUAUUGUAGGCACCUCUUUCUUGUGAUGAACCGAAAUACUGCCAAGUUAGUAUGACUGGUGGAGCAGGACUGGAGUUUUCCUUCACGUUAAGGUAACAACCAUUACUAUGAACGUUUUUGUAAAGGAAGAGAACUUGUCAGUCUUAAGCGAAAGAGAAACAAAGGAUCAUUAUGCGUUUCUGGGAGACCACCCACCUACCCCCCCCCCUAAGCCAACAUUAAUACAAGCAAUAAAAGGGGGUGGUAGGCCUACACGACUUUUACCUCAUGCCAAAAUGCUGCUUAUUCCAAUGAAGUUGUUUUUAUCUGCUGGGUAGAUUAUGCUCUGGAAGGUUCUGCAUUUUACUGAGCAAAUGUGGUUUUAGCCGCAUGUUUCACACUGAGAGGUCAUGACAUAUAUAUCGAUUGACUGUAGUUAUUGUUUUCUGGUCGGCAUGAUUUGCCCUGUGAUGCAAGCGCAUAUUCUUUGACCUCUUUUGAAGCGUAAAGCUUUUUUUAUAUUACGGCUGAAUAAGGGUUCCAAUUUUCUCCAAAGUGCCUUCUGGAUCUGAUCUAAGCGAUUUUCUUUAGUCCGUGAGUGUAAUGUUUUUCUGCAAUGCUGUAUCACGCUGGGCCCAGCUCGUCAGUUUUCUUUGCAGAAUGUUAAAUUAUCACGGAUAGUGACUUACAGAUCCAAAAUUAUAAGAGUGAAAUGCAGCUUAAACUGAAGCUACAUAAACUUACUAUGGAGAAUUGAAUUGUGACUCAGUCAACUCCAGCUUAGUGUUUUUCUAAAGAAAAUGUGAGGCUUUUGACUGGAGCGCGUAGUUCCUCCCUUGGUAAUAGCUAUGAAUAAGCUUAACAGUCUUUAAACUGUUUUGUUAUUGCCACAGUUUGUGAUCAGGCAAGACCAUGGUUUCGGUUCUCCUCACGAACCUCAUCAGUUGCCGGGUUGGCUUUGUGCUUAGUUGCUUUUAGAAGAGCAACUUUAGUUGUACUUUGUCGUGGCGAGAACGGUACAGCCGUUCUGUCUGUUGAGCUUUGAACUGAACAUAAAUACCCACGUGGCGGAUCGAAAUUCUUGUUUUCUUAUUGGCUACUGAACGUAACCAAUUGCGGACUGUGUAUUUCGAUCCUCUUCUGCUUCAAGCUAGAGGUGUGUUUUUUUGGAAAGCAUUUCGUGAAAAUUUAGGCACUUUCUUUCGUGGAAGAGUUCGAAGACUCUUGUAAAUAAAUGCGCACAGAGUUUCCGUACACUCCCUCUAAAAACUGGAGUGGAUACGUUUCUUGUUAGUUGCGCAAUGUUGAACUUUCUACUCUGUGCUUGGUUCUUAUUAGUGCCAGUGUUGAUUUUCAUAAGGUAAAACGGGGCCUACCCGUAAACAAAUCAUAGCAAUAAAAGGGGGUGGUAGGCCUACACGACUUUUACCUCAUGCCAAAAUGCUGCUUAUUCCAAUGAAGUUGUUUUUAUCUGCUGGGUAGAUUAUGCUCUGGAAGGUUCUGCAUUUUACUGAGCAAAUGUGGUUUUAGCCGCAUGUUUCACACUGAGAGGUCAUGACAUAUAUAUCGAUUGACUGUAGUUAUUGUUUUCUGGUCGGCAUGAUUUGCCCUGUGAUGCAAGCGCAUAUUCUUUGACCUCUUUUGAAGCGUAAAGCUUUUUUUAUAUUACGGCUGAAUAAGGGUUCCAAUUUUCUCCAUAGUGCCUUCUGGAUCUGAUCUAAGCGAUUUUCUUUAGUCCGUGAGUGUAAUGUUUUUCUGCAAUGCUGUAUCACGCUGGGCCCAGCUCGUCAGUUUUCUUUGCAGAAUGUUAAAUUAUCACGGAUAGUGACUUACAGAUCCAAAAUUAUAAGAGUGAAAUGCAGCUUAAACUGAAGCUACAUAAACUUACUAUGGAGAAUUGAAUUGUGACUCAGUCAACUCCAGCUUAGUGUUUUUCUAAAGAUAGUGUGAGGCUUUUGACUGGAGCGCGUAGUUCCUCCCUUGGUAAUAGCUUUGAAUAAGCUUAACAGUCUUUAAACUGUUUUGUUAUUGCCACAGUUUGUGAUCAGGCAAGACCAUGGUUUCGGUUCUCCUCACGAACCUCAUCAGUUGCCGGGUUGGCUUUGUGCUUAAUUUCUUUUAGAAGAGCAACUUUAGUUGUACUUUGUCGUGGCGAGAACGGUACAGCCGUUCUGUCUGUUGAGCUUUGAACUGAACAUAAAUACCCACGUGGCGGAUCGAAAUUCUUGUUUUCUUAUUGGCUACUGAACGUAACCAAUUGCGGACUGUGUAUUUCGAUCCUCUUCUGCUUCAAGCUAGAGGUGUGUUUUUUUUGGAAAGCAUUUCGUGAAAAUUUAGGCCCUUUCUUUCGUGGAAGAGUUCGAAGACUCUUGUAAAUAGAUGCGCACAGAGUUUCCGUACACUCCCUCUAAAAACUGGAGUGGAUACGUUUCUUGUUAGUUGCGCAAUGUUGAACUUUCUACUCUGUGCUUGGUUCUUAUUAGUGCCAGUGUUGAUUUUCAUAAGGUAAAACAGGGCCUACCGUAAACAAAUCAUAGCAAUAAAAGGGGGUGGUAGGCCUACACGACUUUUACCUCAUGCCAAAAUGCUGCUUAUUCCAAUGAAGUUGUUUUUAUCUGCUGGGUAGAUUAUGCUCUGGAAGGUUCUGCAUUUUACUGAGCAAAUGUGGUUUUAGCCGCAUGUUUCACACUGAGAGGUCAUGACAUUUAUAUCGAUUGACUGUAGUUAUUGUUUUCUGGCCGGCAGGAUUUGCCCUGUGAAUGCAAGCGCAUAUUCUUUGACCUCUUUUGAAGCGUAAAGCUUUUUUUUAUUACGGCUGAAUAAGGGUUCCAAUUUUCUCCAAAGUGCCUUCUGGAUCCGAUCUAAGCGAUUUUCUUUAGUCCGUGAGUGUAAUGUUUUUCUGCAAUGUUGUAUCACGCUGGGCCCAGCUCGUCAGUUUUCUUUGCAGAAUGUUAAAUUAUCACGGAUAGUGACUUACAGAUCCAAAAUUAUAAGAGUGAAAUGCAGCUUAAACUGAAGCUACAUAAACUUACUAUGGAGAAUUGAAUUGUGACUCAGUAGACUCCAGCUUAGUGUUUUUCUAAAGAUAGUGUGAGGCUUUUGACUGGAGCGCGUACGUCCUCCCUUGGUAAUAGCUUUGAAUAAGCUUAACAGUCUUUAAACUGUUUUGUUAUUGCCACAGUUUGUGAUCAGGCAACAAUUCAAUUCUCCAUAGUAAGUUUAUGUAGCUUCAGUUUAAGCUGCAUUUCACUCUUAUAAUUUUGGAUCUGUAAGUCACUAUCCGUGAUAAUUUAACAUUCUGCAAAGAAAACUGACGAGCUGGGCCCAGCGUGAUACAGCAUUGCAGAAAAACAUUACACUCACGGACUAAAGAAAAUCGCUUAGAUCAGAUCCAGAAGGCACUUUGGAGAAAAUUGGAACCCUUAUUCAGCCGUAAUAAAAAAAGCUUUACGCUUCAAAAGAGGUCAAAGAAUAUGCGCUUGCAUCACAGGGCAAAUCCUGCCGACCAGAAAACAAUAACUACAGUCAAUCGAUAUAUAUGUCAUGACCUCUCAGUGUGAAACAUGCGGCUAAAACCACAUUUGCUCAGUAAAAUGCAGAACCUUCCAGAGCAUAAUCUACCCAGCAGAUAAAAACAACUUCAUUGGAAUAAGCAGCAUUUUGGCAUGAGGUAAAAGUCGUGUAGGCCUACCACCCCCUUUUAUUGCUACCUCUCACUUAAGGGAAAAUGUUGGCUUAGGGGAGGGAUGAUCCGAAACAAAAUUGAAUAAAAGUGACACAGUACAGUGGACUUUUUUACAACAGACACUGAUCCCAGGGAGAUGGACAUAGCUUUAAGCCGCUUACCUUGGCUGUUAGUUGCCUGUAAAUUACCUCUCUACUAAUCUCUCUUUUCAUAACUUCCCCCCCCUCCCCACCCUCUCCCUGGGUGUGUGACCUGCCUUUCAUGAACGUCAAGUAUAUCUAUGCAUCGCCUUUUCAGUAUCCUUUUCCCUAUUCAAUGUGCUAAUAUCAUUCUACGAAUAUAAAGUUUUGAACUAACUUUUCCGGCCAUUACUUUGAGCACUAGGCGAGUUUUCAGAGCCAAUUAGAGAAUCGGAGUUCGUCUUGCGAAUAGUUAGGGAAGUUGAGCAAAUAACUCGACAAGGGCUAUAACAAUUCUUUUGACGUUUGCCGUUGCCAUUGUGGUUGUCCCUUAUAAGCUGGUUUAGAAAAAGAACAAAGCAAUUUGUCUAAUUUCGGUCACGCCCUAUCUACAGACCCCAUGCCGACGCUCCCAGCAUCUUGAAGUGCUCAUGCAAUGAACCUCGCAUGAGAUUAGGAGAGCCUCUAGCAUCAGAUAUCAUUCUGUCAGCAACUGAUAAACAUGGCAACAAAACAGGCAAG